CAAAAACCAAAAACAAAAAUUCAUCAACCUUAGUUUUUACCAUGGAUGUUGGUGGGAUAGCAAAAGUGGUGGCGUUGGUAGCGGCGAUUGUCGUGAUUCUCUACAGCGCAAAGGCAAUGACCUUGUGCAAUGUGACGGACGACGGCUUCACUGCAUGCAAGCCGUCAGUCACGCCGCCUAACCCAGUGAUGCCCUCUCCCGAGUGCUGUGAGGCCGUCACCGGGGCUGACUUGCAAUGCCUCUGUUCGUACAAGCACUCAUUCUUACUGCCCUCACUUGGGAUAGAUCCCGAUCUCGCCCUAGCUCUUCCCGCCAAAUGCAAUGUCCCCUCCCCGGCCAACUGCUAAUAUUAACUCUUAUUUACAAACGAGUUAAUAUUAACAGAUGUUGUCACACUGAAUUUUCUAAUUAGACAUCCAAAAGUUUGUAUGCCAAUGUGUUUGCUUUAUUUUUAUGUAUGUGGGGAGUGUUUAUCCUAAUAUUUGCAUCUAAUAUCAAGUUAAGCACAAAAA